GCGGCCGCCGUAGCGCGUCGGAUUCGUUGCUGUGGGAAACGACCCGGGACUUGGGAGGGUGGAAAGACGUUUCCCGCCGGCGGGAGCUGCGGUUGUGGCGGCGGGGCUCAGCGCCGCAGCACCAUGGCGGACCAGCUUUACCUGGAAAAUAUAGACGAGUUCGUCACGGACCAGAACAAGAUCGUGACAUACAAAUGGCUGAGCUAUACACUAGGAGUUCAUGUUAACCAGGCUAAACAGAUGCUGUAUGAUUAUGUUGAAAGGAAGCGAAAGGAGAAUUCAGGAGCCCAGCUGCAUGUCACCUAUUUAGUGUCUGGCAGUCUCAUUCAGAAUGGACAUUCUUGCCACAAGGUUGCAGUAGUGAGAGAAGAUAAAUUGGAAGCAGUGAAGUCCAAGCUAGCUGUGACUGCCAGCAUCCAUGUGUACAGCAUCCAGAAAGCCAUGCUAAAGGACAGUGGGCCUCUGUUCAAUACCGACUAUGACAUCCUUAAAAGCAACUUGCAGAACUGCAGCAAGUUUAGUGCCAUACAGUGUGCAGCUGCAGUUCCCAGAGCUCCUGCUGAAUCCUCAUCUUCCGAAAAGUUUGAGCAGUCAGAUCUUCAAGUAUCAAGUGAGACACAAGCCAAUAAUGAGUUGACAACCAAUGGUCAUAGUCCACCUACCUCCAAACAGAUUUUACAGCAGCCCAAGGGAAUAAUGGGAAUGUUUGCCUCUAAAGCUGCUUCUAAAACCCAAGAAGCCAACAAGGAAACCAAAACAGAGGCUAAAGAGGUAUCUUCUGCAGGCAACAAGGCACCAGGGAAAGGGAAUGUGAUGAACAAUUUUUUUGGAAAAGCUGCUAUGAAUAAACUUAAAGUCAAUUUGGAUUCAGAACAAACAGUGAAAGAAGAAAAAAUAGUGGAGCAACCUCCAGUGUCUGUCACUGAACCAAAGCUGGCAGCCCCUACAGGCCUGAAGAAACCCAGCAAAAAAGCAGAGCCUGUUAAGAUGCAGCAGAAGGAAAAAAAAAGGGGGAAGCGAAUGGAGUUAUCUGAUGAUGAGACAAAAGAAACUGAAAGUAUGAAGAAAAAGAGGAGAAGAAUCAAACUUCCUGAGUCUGAUAGCAGUGAAGAUGAAGUCAUACCAGACUCUCCUGGGGAUUAUGAAGCUGAGUCACCAUCCCCACCUCCUCCUGCUUCUCCACCUCCUGAACCAGUGCCUAAGACUGAACCAGAGCCUCCUUCUGUCAAGAGCUCAAAUGGAGAAAAAAGAAAACGAAAACGGGUGCUGAAGUCUAAGACCUUUGUGGAUGAGGAAGGCUGCAUAGUGACUGAAAAAGUCUAUGUGAGUGAAUCCUGCACAGAUAGUGAAGAGGAGCUUAAGAUGAAGACCUCCUCUGUACAUAGACCCUCCGCCAUGAUGGUGAAAAAAGAACCCAAAGAAGAACGAAAGGGCCCAAAGAAAGGGACUGCUGCUCUGGGCAAAGCCAACAGACAAGUAUCCAUUACUGGCUUCUUCCAGAGGAAGUGAACUGCCAUCUCUGUUAGUUCAGAGACGUGGAGUGGUCAAGGGAGAAGACCAAGACAGACAGACUCUCACUUACUGUGUAAGUUCAUCCUGUGCCUCACCUUGCCUGUAUCAAAAGACUUAUUCCAUCCUGUGAGGUUUAUACUGUUUCUGGUUUUUAACCAAAGGGAAAUCACCUGGAAGCAAGAGGCAAAAGAAUAUUUAAGAAGCUGUUGUGUUUUAAGGACAUUUUUUUAAGCACAAUCUUGACCUGUUCUGGAGAAGAAUUCACUCCAAACAUAAAUUGGAACAGGUUUCAGAAUUAUCACUGAAGCCAUUUAGUUGCUAAUUCACUGGUCCCUACCGAAUCCUGUGUCCUGAGCACUUAUGGCUCAAGAAGUAUUCUUCUUUGUUCCUUUGUAUUCUGUGGACUUGUGUGGGUCUUCAUUUAUCCCUGAAUUUUACUGGCUGUGUUUACCACUCUCCCCAUAAUCCCUUCCCUACUACCAUACUUCUAUGUGAAGCCAUUUUCUGUAAGUCUUUUAAAUCUUUGUUGGACUAAAGGCUGAAACAAAAAUCUCCCUAUAAUCCUUUAAUCCUCUCUUCCUCCGUUAUAAAGUACACUGACACCUGGCUACAGACCAGCACAUUGCUUAUGUUCUGCGCCUUUCACAAAAGCUCUCUCGACCUUCACUCGCAAUUAGUAGGUAGGGAAAAGCCUCAGGCAGAGCACAAAUAGAAAUGUAAUGAUGUAUUCAACUCCACCAGAAAUUACUUAGUGUCAGCAUUGACGAUAGUGGAGGCCUUGCCAUGUUGCUGACACAGGGCAUGUUUUACGCUGCUCUUUGUGAUUUUUGUCUCCUCCUCUCUCCCUUUCCCACUGUUAGUACCUAGAGAGUGAAACCCAGGCAAUGAAAUGGAGGCUAAAAAGAGAAAGCCUUUUCUGUAUGCAGGGUACAACAGUUAAGAAAAAGUUCUCCUUCUCAAGGAACCUGAAUGUUCAGAAACAGCAAUUUUCCAGGAAGGUAACAAGGAAGAAAUAAAGCACACAUUUUUAUACAGAUGUUGCUCCUCUGUAUUUUAACCCUCCUAUUUGCCUAAAAGUAUAGGCUGCCCAAGAAAGGUGGAGAGACUGAGUUGUUAGUAGGACUAAACAGCAAGUAACACAUUCUCAUUUGUUGCUUAUGGAAAAUCAUCUAUUCUGUUGAUAACUUUUAAGUGAUUUUCAUGAUAGCUGGACAGUGACCUUGGUGGAUCGAAGUGGUGAGGUAGUAAUCUGGUACAGUGAGCUCUAGGGAAAGAACACAGGCUCAUCUGCUGGCAUGACUCACAACUGACAGACGAGGGAUGUCUGACUUAGCCUGCGUAUGUCAUGAUGCAGUCAGCAUCCAGUAAACCUACUGUUUAAGGUUAGGAUUCUAACUGACCUUGGAUUCAUACGAACAUAUUUAGCAGCCAUCAUCCAGGCCUCUCCAGCCAGGCACCCCAUGGACUUGAUUGAGACCAGAAGUUUGGGAGAUGAGUCCUGGCAUUACAUCUAGGACUUGAGAAGGCAGACGCUUUGUGUCAUAAGCAGAGUAAAGGUUGACGUAUUCCACAGCCCUCUUUCUUUUUAAAAUGUAAAAGGAUGGAAAGCCUGGACUUACCUUUACAAAAAACCUCUGGAGAAUGAUCUUUAAAAAAUUUUUUUAAUGUUUAUUUAUUUUUGAGAGAGAGAGGGAAUGGAUACGCAGAAUCAGAAGCAGGAUCCAGGCUCUGAGCUGUCAGCAUGGAGCCCAGCGCGGGGCUCAAACCCACGAACCGUGAGAUCAUGACCUGAGCCAAAGUCGGACGCUUAUCCAACUGAGCCACCCAGGCGCCCCUGGAGAGUGAUCUUUUAAAUGGUUAUUUUUGUCAUUGCCUCUAGUAAUUUUUCUAAAUAAGAAUUGAAAAAAUUAAAAAAGCAACAAUCUAGUUUUUUGUGUUUUUUUUUUUUUUUAAUUCUGCUGGGCUCUCUAUUGAAACUGAAUUUUGAAUUGGAAAACUCCAGUGGUAGUUGGAGUUCCAUCUUUGAAAGGAUAAUGCAAAUCCUUUGAUCACCACACCCAGUAUGCUGCCUGAACUCAGCUGUCUGCAAGGCUUAGGAGGGAGGGAGUGGUGGCCUUUUUUUUCUUUUUAUACAAAACUCUACCAUGUUAUCCACAUGAGUUAAAUAAAUUUGAGAAGUUGUUUUAAAACAGUGCUUCAAA